AUGUUGAUAGUCAUGUUUUCAUGUUCGUUCGCAUGUGAAGCAUAUAUUCGUGCCAGAUUGUCGUCUCUGAUUUCUUAUCCUCUACAUAAGGAACAGGUUCGCAUCAUUGCUCUCUGUCUUGCACAUUCCCUCAUUUUACCCAAUGUAUGGGGACAGAGUUGCAGCGGAGUCGACUUCUCUCAGUUUGCUGACCGAUCAUUUGUAGAAAUGUCAAAGGCACGUUCAGAAACUGAAGAUCGAUGUACAGUUGCCCAAAUACAGGAAUUUGAACUUCUCCGAUCCAUGUACUCGCCAUCUGAGCUUGAUUUCACUCAUGGCAACACGGAUUCGAAUUUUUUGCAACAUUCAGCUCUCACUCUAAAACUUGAGGUCGAAAGAGAAUCAGUCGAUAUAGAGGUUCGUGUGCCUCCACUCUAUCCGUACGGCGAUUUUCCUGUGGUAUUUGUGAGAGGAAAAAGCGAUCUGAUCGACAACGAUGCGAUAAAUAGAGAUCUUCGAAGAUGGAUUCAUAGUCAAGAGUACGGAACACCACUUAUAGCCCAAAUUGCUUCAUGGGUACUAGACAACUAUCCGUUUUACCUAAAAAUCUCAGGUUCUCACAUGGCAUCAAAUUCAUCAAAGGCUCCGACAGAAUAUGCACGACUUUACAUAUUAUCUCAUCAUCUUCGUUCUCCUGUUAAGGUUAGCUGUAUUAGUGGCGAACAGAGACCUUUGUAUCUUCGAGUUAUACCUUUAGACAAAUAUGAGAUUAUGCGCAGAAUGACAGCAAAACAUUUAUCGGGUGCGCUUCGCAUCUGUACUGAUGCACAUUCACCGGGAACUAACCUCGCUGUGGUGACCCGGACUCGACUCGACUUUUUUCACUCCUCUCUACUCUACCUUCUCCACCGUUUUUUAAAGGAGGGAGCAGCACAGAUCCUGCUUUGCAAAUCCUUGAGGGUGGUUUUUUUUUUCUCUCUCGACGUACAACAGAAGUAUGAUAUUUUCAUGAAAGGAGUGAAGACAUCUGACCAUUUGAGAUCCGACUUACUGAAUCUUGCAAAGAAGCUUAACCUAACUGGAUUUUCUACUCCCGGUAAACCUGCGGUCAUUGUUGUUGAAGGAGAAUCAAAAGCUUGUGAAGAAUUCUGGAAGGAUGUCAAGUCGUGGACAUGGAAGCGAAUUUCGCUAAGGCAUUCUGAUGUAUUCAGUUCACCUAAUGACAUGAAGUUCACGCAAUUCCGAGAGGUUUUGUCCACUGGAGGUGCAAAUGCUAUGAAUGACGUCAAACACAUUCUCACUGAUGCAAAUCUAGCUGGGGAGCUUUCUUUCGUCGAGGUCCCUUCAUGA